AUGGUACAGCUGGAAAAAGCUGCGAAAAAGCUCACGCUCUACUCCCGGGCAAUCCGCGAGCAGCUCGCGCGAGCAAAGGAAGAAGUGGGCAUCGAGCAACAGGCUGUGCUGACGUCCGAGGACGACGUGAGCGAGUCGUCGGCGCGACUGCAGGAGAUUGAAGAGCUCAUGAACAAGCUGCAGCGCGACAUUGGCGCCUUGCGCACGACAGCAAUAGCGCAAGAAGACGACAAUGGGAGUCUCGCGGCCCGUGAGCAAGAGCUCGAGGAGCUCAGGGAAGAGCGGUACGAGGAGCUCGAGCUGCUCACGCACAUUCAAAAGAUGCUGCACCGGCAUCAGAGUAGACACCGGGACAUGCAGCGAAUGAUUGCGUCGCUCACGAAAGAGAGCCGUCGCGUGCGUCAGCGGGAAGAAGCCAUUGUGCUAGUGGCAUUGCGGAGCCGCAUUGUCAAGGUCUUUGGGGCGAAGCUCUAG